UUCUAAUUCUUCCAGGAAAAACCCGUUGCCAACCCUGAAGUGGCGAGGAUGCCGGCUGGGCGGACAUUGCCUUUCUUCUGUGAACGUUUGGCUGUUUUUGAUCCCGUUCCUUCGUCCGGAUGGCGUUCCCGGUCUUCUACUCCUGGUGGCACAAUUCGAACCCGGGCUGCAUUGCGCCCAUCCCCAUGGUAGAGGCCUCCCCGGUGCCCCAGGAAGAGUUCGUGGAUUACAAGGCCGAGGAGAUGGAUGAGGAGGGCCUGUGCUGGUGGACGGGGGAACUCAUGCUCUAUUACUGCCUGGUGGCUACUCUUGUGAGGAUGAUCUACAUCGGCUUCGAAAUGAUUUACAGGAAAAAAUACUGUAAACAAAUAAGUAAACCAAUAUCAUGCAACGUCCAGAAAAUUGACAAAGGAUGCCGUUGCGAGUGCGAGGCCACUUUGGCCUUCUGCAGCCUCUUCAAGAAGCUCUUUGGUGGACAGCAGAGCAACGAUCUUUGCUCCUGCCGUUGCGUAAGGAAGCGAAUCAAGGCCUGCACCUCCAGCCUCGUCCCGCCGGCCUUCUCCGACUGCAUCUCCUCAGAAACGGAAGUCUCCCGGAAGUCCUCCCAGAAGAAGCGCUGGAGCCGGGCGAAGGAGGAGCAGGACCACAGCGGCGGAAGCAUCUCCAGCCGGAAGUCCCACAAGGCCGAGAACAAGCCCAAGGCCCAACGGGAGACCUGGGUCCGGCAGAAGGAGUGCCCACGCUGCAAAGCCCGGCGGACCCGGGAGUGGCUCGCUCAGCACUUCUUCGACCAGGAGUAGUUUGCUUUCACUGCUUCCGAGUCUCUCUUUCCACGUUGUGCCAUUCUUGCACUCUUGUGGCUUCUUCCCUACACAUUCCUGGGAUCUGUGGUUGCCAAACUGCAAAUUCCCAGGACACGAUAGAAGCAGAUUAAAUUGGGAGCGGUGUUUCAAAGUGCAACAGUUUGAUAAUGUGGAAGAGACAACAACAACAACAACAACAACCGAAAGAGCAUCACUUAUGCCCCACAAAGAAGCAGCGGCAUAUCUGCGGAUGGUGAAGACACUGACAUUUACAAUAAACAGAUCUGGACCUUGA